ACCGGCCGGCGGGUACAGAAGCGGAGUCCUGGGUGCGUCGAACUCAGUUGUCAGCCCGCCUGCCCGCCAGCCCUCAGAGCCUCGCCAUGUGCUGCUACAUCUACCAGCUGCCCUCCUGGGUGCUGGACGACCUGUGCCGCAACAUGGACACGCUGAGCGAGUGGGACUGGAUGCAGUUCGCCUCCUACGUGAUCACAGACCUGACCCAGCUGCGGAAGAUCAAGUCCAUGGAGCGGGCCCAGGGCGUGAGCAUCACACGAGAGCUCCUGUGGUGGUGGGGCAUGCGGCAGGCCACCGUCCAGCAGCUCCUGGACCUGCUGUGCCACCUGGAGCUCUACCGCGCGGCCCAGAUCAUCCUCAACUGGAAACCAGUUCUUGAAAUCAAGUCUUCCAUCCCAGACUUCUUGGACACUGUGAAGCCAGGAAAGCCUUUGGCAGCUUCUGUAAGAAACACUGAGGAUGAGCAAGAAACGGGGCAGCCUGUGAGGCCACCCACCUUUCCAGGCUCAGGACCUGCUGCAGCCAGAGUCAGCCUCCCAGCCUCUCCUGAACAUGCCUCUCCUUCCUUAAAAACUGACCAGCCUGCCUCAGCUGAUUCAAAGGAUUUCAGUGCCUCCAUUCCUAAGCAAGAGACACUUUCAAGCCUCGCUGAAGAUGACCUUUUCUGGAGUGAGGUAGAUGUGAUCCAGGCAACUGAUAACUUCAACCCAAGCCACAAAAUCAGUGAGGGGACCUUUGCUGACGUCUACAGAGGGCAAAAGCAUGGCACACCGUUUAUCUUCAAGAAGCUCAGAGAGAUGGCCUGUUCAGGUCCAGGAUCAAUUGAGAAAUUCUUCCAGGCAGAGAUACAAAUUUGUCGCAGAUGCUGCCACCCCAACGUCUUACCUCUGCUGGGCUGCUGCACUGGAGAACAGUUUUACAGCUUGAUAUACCCAUACAUGGCAAAUGGUUCUUUACAGGACAGACUCCAGGGUCAGGGUGGCUCAGACCCCCUCCCCUGGCCCCAGCGCAUCAGCGUCUGCUCAGGACUGCUUCACGCGGUGGAGCACCUGCACAGCUUGGAGAUCAUCCACGGCAAUGUCAAGAGCUCCAAUGUUUUGCUAGAUCAAAACUUCACCCCCAAGCUGGCUCAUUCGAUGGCUCACCCAUGUCCUGUCAACAGAACAUCAAAAUACACCAUGAUGAAGACCCACCUUUUCCAGGCCUCCGCUGCAUAUCUUCCGGAAGAUUUCAUCAGAGUGGGGCAGCUGACAAAGCGAGUGGACAUAUUCAGCUGUGGAAUAGUGUUGGCCGAGGUCCUCACAGGCAUCCCUGCGAUGGAUAACAACCGGAACCCGGUUUACUUGAAGGAUUUACUGCUCCAUGAAAUUCCCAGCAGCACCACAUCGCUCUGCUCCAGGAAGACGGGUGUGGAGAAAGAGAUGGCCAAGGAGAUCUGCCAGAAAUACCUGGAGAAGAGAGCAGGGAGGCUGCCGGAGGCCUGUGCCGAGGCCUUGGUCAUGGCCGCCUGCCUCUGUCUGCGGAGGCGCAACGCCAGCCUGGCAGAGGUGUGUAGCUCCGUGACUGCUGUGGAGGAGCAGCUGAGAGGUCCAGAGACCUCGCUCCCUUGUAGUGGGCUUUCUGAGGCCACAGGCUCUUCCUCCAACACCCCGGAAGAAACAGAUGACGUGGACAAUUCCAGCUUCAAUGCCUCCUACUCCAUGAGGGCUGCACCCUGGGCUGCGGCUACCUCCUCGCCUCCCCCGAGCGCAGAUGAAGAAGGCAUGCUGCUGGCUGGUGGAGCAAUGGACGCUGACUCCUCCGCUGAGGCCUGUGCCUCUCCAGAGCCUCCCCAGGAUGCUACAGAGACUUCCUGGAAAAUUGAGAUCAAUGAGGCCAAAAGGAAACUCAUGGAGAAUAUCCUGCUUUACAAAGAAGAGAAACUGGAUAGCAUUGAGCUUUUUGGCCCCUGAUGACUUGAACACAGCUGAGGACCCUUGUCCUCCAUUGGAAAGAUGAACAUCAAAUCAAGAAAAAGAUCUAAGGAAGAACCAAGAUCUCCCAGGAAACACCAAACAUCAGCUUCCCUUUGGUCAGGCGGAGAGACACUUCCACUUUUCCAGAGUGAGUCAGGGGAGAUAGGACUCAGCUUUCCAAGACACAAAAAUCCAUGAAGUCCUCUUCCUUUCUGGGAUUUGUCAAUCAGAGCUCUGGGUUAUCAGGACACUGAAGUGGAAACCCUGGUACAUGAGCCCAGGAUGUGGGCAAUUUUGUGGUUCUGGGGAGUAUGUGAUGAUAUCCGCCCCCGCAGAUGCCGUUGCCUGGCUCUCACCCUCGACAACCACUGGAGCAUUCUGAGUGCUGUUGGCACUUUCCGACGCUAAGCUCUCUAGGUCAUAUUUGCCACCAGCCGCCUGCAAACUUCCAUGACCUCAAAGACUUUCAACUUGCGUCCCAGUUCGGUUCUUCACUCCUUCCUCAAGGUCUCAAGUUUUACACAUGCCAGACACUUGGCAGAAGGCACUGGAGGUCUCUCUGCUUUCUCUUUUGGAAAUCUCGCAACUCACAGAUAUUUAUUUAAUGCUUACUCUGCACCUUUAUUUUCCCACCCCACUAAUGCUAAUACUUUAAAGGAGCUGUUAUUUAGAGAGUAUGUGUUAUUUAUGGCUGGGUGAAGAACCAGGGGAACUAGUUUCAUGAUUGUUUCUGCUGCUAAUUAAGUCAAGCAUUUAAUUUUGGGGACCUCAGUUUCCUUGUAAGUAACAUGCAUUCAUUCAUUCUCCCUCCCUGGGCUGUUGGGGAGGAAGAGGUAGAGACAUGUCUACAGAAAUACUUGGAAAAUGCACAUCUUGUUUUAUUAAAUAAAUUUUUAAAACGGA